GGUUAGCUUUAUUUCAAAACAAAACAAUUAUAAUGGCAAAAUCAGCUUCCAAAGCAAUGAAAGCCGAAAGAAAUGCGGCUAUUAAAGCACGGAAGCAACGAAAACUUCUUGAAGAGCAGAUCAAAAAGUCGAAUGAAAAGUGCGAUGAGGCCAAGGGGUACCUAGAAUAUACUGGAAAAAACAUGGAAUCCAAUUUGAUGAAGGCAAAAGAGGCUUUAGACCUUGCGAUCGAGUUGUACGAUAACAAUUCACUCGCCUUUUUCCUGCUUGGUGAGGUCUAUCUUGCUCAAAAACAACAUCAAAGUGCACUGGAUUCUUAUUCACGGGCGUUGUUGUUAGAUGCCACCCAUGUCGCCUCAUUGGAGCGGCGAGCGAUAUGUCAGGAGCAUUUAAACAACGUCGAUGGCGCGAUCCAGGAUUAUACUAGUAUUAUUGACCAAGAGCCGAAUAAUGACUACGCGUAUAACAUGCGAGGACUUUGUAUUUUGAAUCGCCAGGUUCCUGGAAUCAAAUUGCUAUCUUCGUGUUUUACUUUAUGUGAAAAAGACUUUAAAGCCGCUCUACGACUGAACAAAGCGAACUACUAUGCAUUGGUGAAUCUUGGUAAGCUCUAUGAGGAUCAGGAGGAGCUCGAACAGGCCCUGACGUACUACACGGCGGCAUUGGAGGUGAAGGAAAACUAUACUUACGCCCGAUUUCGAAGGGGUUGCACAUAUUUACAUUUGGCUGAAAGCAUGCUUUCCAAAUUCGAAGCUGAGGAAGAAGAAUCCUCAAACGAGAUGGGGGCUGUAAAUUCGCCGAAAACGCCGGUCGUUUCGCCAAUCCAAAAGUCUAGUCCAGGACUUGGCCAUGCCGAUAUUCAGUCUCUUAAACAAGAAGUUAUUAAAGACCGCCGCAUGGCAGAAGAUAAAAGUUUAUUUAAAUCCCACGUCCAAUCCGCAGCAAAAGACUUUUCCGUACUUCUUAAUUUAGAUGUUGACCCCAAUCUCGCGGACCCCACUGUAGUUCUUAAUCUCGCCACCUGUUGUUUAUUAUUAGAUGAUGUGAAGCACGCGGAGGAUAACCUCAAGCGUGUGGAGGAAAUUAUCGCGACCAGGCCUUCUCUUGUGAAGGAAGGGACGGCAGAGCCGAUAUGUGAUUUAGAUCUCCUGGAUCAGGCCUUGAAGCUGAAGAAGAAGGCGCUUCGAAUAAAAAAAAACAUGCACCUGUAGCUAAGACUCCACCAAUCGUAAAUGGAUCGUUUUUUUCCGCUCCUUUACAUAAUCUACCGUAUGUAAGAUACCUACGUAUUAGAAUUUCCUUUUUCUCUGUAAUUG